AUGGUUCACUUGGCGUUCGACAAUUUUACGCUGGAAGGGAAGUCUGAGAGAGGUUGUAUCUGGGACUAUGUCGCUGUGUACGACGGUAACGAUCAAUUUAAAGAUGUUGCUGCAGAGGUUAAUGUUGCACUACGCAAAAGGGUAUCACAGAGCAGUUUAGCUAGAAGGGACCAAUGGCCUGCGGAGCGAGCCGUGGACGGAAACACAGGAAACCUUCUGUACCCACGAUACGAAUGCACAUCUACUGCCUGGGAAUACGAGCCGUGGUGGAAGGUUGAUCUUGGAGACACACACGUCAUCAGUCACGUGACAGUCUUCAACCGAGGAGACUGCUGUGGAAAGGUCGGUCUGCAGUGUAAGUCCAAGAUGUAUAACGUCAAGAAUGUGCAUUUUACAGGACGACUACUGCGAAACUUUAUGGUACGAAUUGGUCCCUUUGAGGACAUCCUUGAAAAUACACCAUGUGGGGACAUUCACCGGGAAACUCCAUCGGAUGGGGAGAUAAUCGACGUGCGGUGUGUCCAGCCCAUCUCGGGGAGGUGGGUGUCUAUUCAACUGAUCGAACGGACGAGCUUCCUGGUCCUGUGUGAGGUACAGGUGUAUGCAGUGUCAGGUGACGCAGCGACAGGAGUGAUUCCGAGCACAUCCCCUCCUCCUCCUAUCCAGCCGCCUGAGAAGUUUUAUGACCAUUGCAAAGACCUGGAGAUCGACACGGUAACGAUCCCCAACUUCUACGGCCACAGAAGUGUUGAGGAGAUUUUGACGUCACGGCAAUGGCAGGAGAUGGAGACGCAAUGGAAUGACAACCGUCUGUCCUGGAAUCGUGACAAGUACGACAACAACUCUAAGCUUGUAGUGAAAACGGCGGACGUGUGGAUCCCAAACAUCUAUCUUCAACGAAAUGGCGACGCCAGGUUUGCCGACUUCCCUGAUGCUCCCGUGACAAUCACCAGUGAUGGGCUAGUGACAUGGGACAUCAUUGACAUCUUAUUGACGACAACUUGCGAUCUCGAGCCAGCUAUGUUUCCCUUUGAUUACAUGGAAUGCCCUGUGUGUCUGGGGGCAAAAACUGAUGAAGUGUUUAACUGCCGUGAGAACAACUCUGUUACUGAGCACCAAGCCGAUCACAACAGGCACGGCAAACGCUUCAAGACAUGUGGGGAGGAGGAUUCGCGCCAGGCAAAUCAGUGGAAGGCGCGAUGGAAGAUUGAUGUUAAUGUGACAGAGAACAAGGGCUGCAUCAACAUAAAGUUUGACCGCAUCCCGACGUUCCACCUCUGUACCACGCUGUUGCCCGCCAUCAUCCUCUCUGUGCUCAUGUGCAUCAUCUUUGUGCUGCCGAUUGAGAAGGGAGACCGUGUUUCCUUCGGGAUGACGAUCCUGUUGUCCAUGGUGGUUUCUCUGGUUUUCAUCACGGAUGUCCUGCCGGCCAAGGGCUCCAUGCCUGUUGCAGCGCUCCUGGUUAUUGUGUACAUGUGCAUGAUGGCAUUCUUCUUGAUCAUCACCGUUAUAGUCAUCAGGAUCAGCUCAAGCGACAAAGACCUCCCUCCCAUUGUGAAGAAGGUGUUUCUCCGGUACAUCGCUCGCCUUGUGUUCCUGGGGGACCUAACCCAGACUAAACAUGGCCACACCGAGCUGAAAGUGGACGACUUUGAGAUGGCGGAAGGCAUGACAGGAAAUAACAGGCAGGUUUUGUUGCCAUCGACUCACCACAGAAAAUGUUGUUUCAAUGAACCUACCGUUCCGACAUUCAACACAAUUGAACCUCCAUUUACCCUUAAACCAUGUGAAGCUGAGGAGCCAAGGGAACUUCUUGAAGUCCUGCUGUCUCUUAAGGAGUCCGUCAAUAAUCUUAGUGAUGCCGUGGAGACCCUUGGGACCUCGGGCCAACCAAAAACCUCCGAGGCGACGGAAGAUGAGGCAGCCAUGACGGACUACCGACAGCUUGCUAGGGUCCUGGACCGUCUGUGUCUCAUCUUGUAUGUGUCUGGAUUGCUCAUUGCUUAUCCCAGUAACAAAGAGUGCAUCAUGGGCAGAGAGCUACAGGGUGUGCUGGCAUGUCUUCUGUUCAUCCUGACGGGGUUGGUGAUGACAGCAGCUGACUGUAGCUCCUCUUGUUACGUCACUUCCUGCUACUGCAGCUAUCAGGGCAUCACCAGCGUCCCACAAGACCUGCCCACAACCAUCACGGGUUUGAACUUGAGAGGAAAUCAAAUCACAAGCAUAAGUCAGUCUGAUUUCUCACGUUAUAGGAACUUAGAGACUUUAAAUCUUGUUGACAAUAACAUCUCUACCAUCAAUAGCCAAGCAUUCUAUCUCUUGCCAAACUUGACCAAGUUAGAGCUUGAUAGUAACCAAAUAACAAUUCUCAGAGAUGACAUGUUCACAGGGCUAGGAAACUUGCAGACUCUUUACUUAUACAGUAGUGAGAUCAGUGACAUCCAGGCUGGGACUUUUAGUUCAACACCACAACUGACAUCCUUGUACAUGGAUUAUAACAAGUUAACAGUCCUCAGAUCUGGCAUGUUCACAGGGCUGGGAAACUUGGAGACCCUUAACAUACGUAAUAAUGAUAUCAGCGACAUUCAGGCUGGAACUUUUAAUUCGAAAUCACGACUUGAAACCUUGGGCCUGCGCCAUAACAAACUAACAAUCCUCAGAUCUGGAAUGUUUACAGGGUUGAGAAACUUGAAGCUCCUUAGCUUAGACAAUAAUGAAAUCAGCGACAUUCAAACAGGAACUUUCAGUUCAACAACACAAUUGAAAUACUUGUAUCUGAAUAAUAACAAGUUAACAGGCAUCGUAUCUGACAUGUUCACAGGUCUGCGAAACGUGGAAAAAAUUUACCUACAAAAUAAUGACAUCAGUGAUAUUCAGGAUGACACUUUCAGUUCAACACCACGACUUAUAAACUUGCACUUAUAUAAUAACAAGUUAACGACUCUCAGAUCUGAUAUGUUUACAGGCCUGGGAAACUUGCAGGAACUUUUGUUAUACUCUAAUAUAAUCAGUGACAUUCAGGCUGGAACGUUCAGUCCAGCACUUCGACUUAGUAGCUUGCACCUCAGUAAUAACAAGUUAACGAAUAUCAGAGUUGGUAUGUUCACGGGGCUGGGAGACUUGCGAUACCUUCGCCUUAGCAAUAAUGACAUCAGUGACGUUCAGGCUGGCACUUUCAGUUUUACACCACAACUGUUAGAGUUGUAUCUGAAUGAUAACAAGUUAACAAGCAUCGUACCUGACACGUUCACAGGGCUGAAAAACUUGCAAGAACUUUACCUAUGGAAUAAUGAGAUCAGUGAUAUUCAGGCUGGAACUUUCAGUCCAGUGACACUGUCAAACAGUCACAUCCAAUCUAUUCCGUCAAACUCAUCGGACAUGCUGAUGAUGACUGGGUCUCAUUCAUUUGAAAACUGGAUCAUUUGUUCCGAUCCUAGCAACUUCCGUGGGCAAAAGCUGAAAGAUAUGAACCCUGAAGAUCUAAUCUGUAAAGAGCCAAACAUUACAAGCUUUCAAAUUAUCUCAAACAACUCCUUAGUACAAGGAGAGUCUCUACAUUUGGUCUGUGAAGCUUUAGGAAUCCCCACACCAGACAUCACAGUCACCCUCCCAUCUGGACUGAAUGCUACUGUUGAGUCAGUUGGGAGGGUGACUGUGGAUGUGAAUGGUACCAUCACCAUAACCAAUGUUACUGCAGCGGAUGCUGGUCUGUACGUCUGUAUUGCGGAAAAUCCUGUCGGCUCCAAAUUAGCCACAUUGCUUGUGGAUGUCUUCCAGACCCCCCAGACAGCUAGCGCUUUCACUCUGCCUGUGCUUCUUGGCACAAUCUUUGGUUCCAUAGCUGGCGCCCUUCUCCUCAUUGCUGCCAUCGUCAUGACGCUCUGGUGCAGGAGGAACAACAACAGUCCACCCGAAAACCCAGAUCACACUGUCGUUUUUAACAACGCCAACAACACUACUUAUCUCUGAAGCAGACCCAUGCCGAAUCUCGCCUCCGAAAAUAAUUUCAUCGGGUUGGUAGCAUGUAGGAUAUAGAAGAAUUCUUGUGCACAACCAGAAUGUACUUACUUUGCUUACGUUUCAGUGUCUA